AUGGACAAUGUCACAAAUGUCUCCUACAUAGUGACACUACAAGGGUUCAACGUGCCACAAGAGAGAGCUUUUACGGCUUUUCUGUUGGCCAUUUUGGGCUACAUGAUAAUAGCUUUCUGCAACCUGCUCCUGCUCCUCUCUGUCUUUCUCAACAGGGCUCUGCACCAGCCCAUGUACAUUCUCCUGAUAAACCUGCCCAUCAACGACCUCAUCGGCUCCUCUGCCUUAUUCUGUCAGCUCUUCAGGGUGUGUUUCACCCGCUCCAAGGUCAUCGAGUUCCCCGCCUGCGUCACCCAAGCCUUUUUCAUCCACAUCUACGCCACUGGCGCGGGGUUUACGCUGGCCAUGAUGGCUUACGAUCGAUACAUCGCCAUAUGCAAACCCCUACAGUACGCCUCCAUCAUGACAAAUGCUCAUCUGAUGAGUCUGAUUGCCCUCGUGUGGGGCUUUAGCGUGCUAAUCAUUGGUGUUCUUUUCAUCCUACUCCUGAGGUUACCUCGUUGUAGGAACAAUGUCACUCACACAUACUGUGACAACCCGUCACUUCUGAAGCUGAUGUGUGGAGACACAACGAUUAAUAACAUCUACGGUCUGAUUGCAACUUUUACGCAGCCGCUCAUUGUGGCCGUCAUUCUGUACACUUACCUGCAAAUCCUGAUCACUUGCUUUCGCAGCAAGAGCACAGACACCAGGGCCAAAGCCAUGCAAACGUGUGCUACUCACCUAGUUGUUUUCCUGCUGUUUGAGUGUCUUGGGCUGUUCACUAUCAUCUCGUACAGGUUGAAACAUCUUUCUACUCUUCUGACAAACUUUAUCUGUGCUUCUGCGUUAAUAUUCCCUCCCACCCUGAACCCUAUUAUUUAUGGAAUCAACUCAAAAGAAAUCAGAAACAGAUUCAUCAAGAGUUUUAAGAAACAUGUUUUGCCAAAGUGA